UUAUUAUUAAAAAAUAAAAAUAAUACCGUUCCAAAAAUGGAUUAGUGUAAAGUUCACGAAGGUGCGUCUGCGUUACGUCUUUUCCCUAUAAAAGCAGGCAGCAGACUCACGCUGAUUCUCACUCACUUGUCUCUCUCCAUCACAAGCGCAAGGUUGAGUAAUUCCAGAUGUCAAUGAAGCGUGCUGCUUCGUCCGCUGUUCGUGCUGUUGCUUCCUUGGGGAAUUCUCCAGUUCAAGCCAGAACUCUUCACGCUUCCCCAGGCAGCAAAAAGAUCGUCGGUGUCUUCUACAACGCAAAUGAAUACGCUUCACUGAACCCCAAUUUCUUAGGCUGUGUCGAGAACAGCUUGGGCAUUCGUCAAUGGCUGGAAUCGCAGGGUCAUCAGUACAUCGUUACGCCAGACAAAGAAGGACCAGAAUGUGAGCUUGAGAAACACAUACCUGAUCUCCAUGUGCUGAUAACCACUCCAUUCCACCCGGCCUACGUCACAGCAGAAAGGAUCAAAAAGGCCAAAAACCUACAAUUAUUGCUCACCGCAGGCAUAGGCUCGGACCACAUCGAUCUCAAAGCUGCAGCAGAUGCUGGAUUAACAGUGGCAGAGGUCACAGGCAGCAAUGUUGUAUCAGUUGCUGAAGAUGAACUCAUGAGGAUCCUCAUCCUAGUCCGGAACUUCUUGCCUGGUUACCAUCAAGUCAUUAACGGCGAAUGGAAUGUCGCCGCCAUUGCUCACCGAGCAUACGACCUCGAAGGCAAGACAGUCGGCACAGUCGGAGCAGGACGAAUUGGUCGACUACUCCUCCAGAGAUUGAAGCCAUUCAACUGCAAUCUACUCUACCAUGACCGCCUCAAGAUCGACCCCGAGCUGGAGAGCCAAAUUGGAGCCAAGUACGAGGAAGAUCUCGACGCAAUGCUCCCAAAGUGUGACGUAAUUGUCAUCAACACACCUCUAACUGAAAAAACAAAGGGCUUGUUCAACAAGGAAAAGAUCGCGAAACUGAAGAAAGGAGUUCUAAUCGUGAACAACGCCAGAGGCGCGAUCAUGGACACUCAAGCAGUCGUCGACGCUUGCAACAGCGGCCACAUUGCAGGAUACAGCGGAGAUGUUUGGUACCCACAGCCGGCCCCGAAGGACCACCCAUGGCGAUACAUGCCAAACCAAGCUAUGACCCCUCACAUAUCCGGAACCACCAUCGACGCCCAGCUGCGCUACUCAGCCGGAGUCGAGGACAUGCUUCGCAGGUACUUCAAAGGUGAAGAUUUCCCUGCACAGAAUUACAUUGUUAAGGAUGGAGAGUUAGCGCCGCAAUAUCGUUAGAUCUUUAAAUCCAUCCCCUGCCCUUUUGCUCGUCCUCUUUCCCGUCUGCGAACUCGAAAUAUUUAUCAAAUAAAAUGUACCGUCGCUUUUCUUCGGUUCAUACAUAA